GAUAGAGGUUGUAGGGUAUGAAUAAACGCGCACUGUUUGACAUAUGCGUAAUUUCACAUACAAGUUGUUUGUGUAACAUGUUAAGAAGCCUACUUUACUAACUUGCAGUUUCGAUUGUCAGAUCAUUUUAAUCUCACUUUCGCAAUACUGGUAAUUUUUUUGAUUACUUUGACUAAUAAACACGUGCAUCAUGUGUACCUACUGAGUCGUCCGUUCACUGCUAUUUUUUUCUUGACCAGAUUACUUUUCAUACGCUACUCUAUACAAUUUCCUUACAUACUUUCAGGCUUCAAACAAGAUCCCAGAUACUCAAAUCCCAUUGGAAGAUUUACUCAAGGCGUUUGUUGCCAUCUGGUCGCGUUGCAUACCACACUUAUAAUUGUGUCAUAUCAAUAUCAAUUGAUAUUGAGUUGAAAAAUGGCAAGUGGCAUGAUAACAUUAAUAGCCGAAAAUCAAAGUUUUCUAGUAAGUUAUCUAUUUUGCUCAAUUUUCACGAAUAAGUUUCAGUAACCCCGUAGUAUUUGGAUAUGAAUAGUUUAGUUUGCAGGCAUACAUGUAGGCUUACAAUUGCGGUUUAUAUAAGCCAUAAUCGCCAUCCUUGUGAAUUAGUCGGUGGCCGUUUUUGUUGGUGUUUUAUGACCGAAAAUUUAUUUAUUAUGACGUUGAUACCGUCUUGGAUCUACUACCUAGAAUCAUUCUGUGUCCCAUCUGUUUACUUCUUGUUAAUCCUUGAUCUUCCCCUAGCUUUUUUGUGCUAUCAUAAAAUGCCUUGAAGGAUCGUUUGUCAAUUUCAAAGAGUAGUCAGUUAAUACCCGAACUGAUUAUACUUAAACUCACUUUUAAGUUAGCGUUCAAUGUCGAUGUAUGUAGCCAUUGAUGUAAAUGUACUCACUCAAUUAUAUGUCUGUUUGAAUAAACCCUGCAGAUCUUUUUUAAUUAAAAGUCAAACAGCUAAUUAUGGGCCAACAAUUAUCCAGGCAUUGAGAUGAGUUGAAACACUAUGAAUAUCAUCCGGAUGAGACAGGGUUAAGUGAUUUGCGGAAGAAGUCAGGUGAUGGCUGAUUAAGAGGUAGUCCAGUCUAUUGAUGGUUAUCGAAUUUCGUUUUGCCCCAAACAUACUGGUGAUAAAUAUCUUUCAAUUAACAUUGUGAUAAAAUGGAGUCCUUUCGUUGAGCAGACUAACGUCGUUCCUAAUUUUAUGGAUUGUGGGUAAGAAUGUAGCUCAUUUAUUUCUAAGUUCUAGUUGAGUUGUACUUGAAUAUGACUCAUACAGUCUGUCAAAAACCAGCUAUCAUCUAGUCACUACUCUGGACCAUGGUACUUACUUGCGCUUGUUACUCCCAAUGGAGCAUAGGCCGCCGACCAGCAUUCUCCAACCCAUUCUAUCCUGGGCCUUUCUUUCUAGGUCUAUGCGAUUUUUGUUCAUUCUUCCUAUGUCUGUUUCCAUUUCUCGGCGUAAUGUGUUCUUUGGUUUUCCUCUUGCCCUUUGGCCUUGAGAAUUCCAAGUGAGGACUUGUCUUGUGACGCAGUUGGGUACUUUCUUCAAUAUGUAUCCUAUCCACUUCCAGCGCUUCUUCCCGAUUUUUUCCUCGACUGAAAUCUGGUUCUUUCUCUCCCACAGUAGGUUGUUACUGAUAGUGUCUAGCCAACAAACCUGAAGUAUUUUACGUAGACAACUGUUAAUAAACACUCGUAUCUUGUGGGUGAUGGUUUUCGUAGUUCUCCACGUUUCCGCCCUAUAUAGUAGAACACGGUAGAUAUAGUGGUAUUGUAACUCAUGCUUCAAGCACUCUAAUACUUGAAAGUAGAAUUUAAAAUUAAUCUAAUACUACCCUAACACUCCCUAGAAGAUACGUUAUUUCGUGUUAAGGUUGUUGAUGCGUUGAGCGAAGUUAGAAGUAAUGUAUACCACCAAAUAUCAUCCUUACACUGAGUAUGAAAUCUUUCCAAACUUUUAUGCAAUAGUAAGCGUAAAUACAUUAUCUGUGUAGUUAUUGGACUGUUUACCAUGUGUUACAAAACGUUUAUAACGUUAGAGUGGAAUUUUUGCAUAAAAUAUUUCGUGUUUUUUAAAAUUGUCUAUAACUUAAUUUAAACGGUGUAUUUAUCUGUGAAAAGCAGUGUACGUUCUCAUACGUAGCAAACGUCUACUCAUAUAGCUUUACUUAUAAGAAAAUGAUGAGUAGCUAGAUUUCACCGAACUGAUUCCUGUUUUACUAACUGUAAACAUUAAGUCACAGUUUAAUAGUUGCUUCUGGGGUUAGAUGAUUGAGAUUAAGUUUAGUGCCGGUUCAACAUGAGCUGUCGAAUGUUGUACAUAAACAGACUACUCUUUUAAGUUAGUUGCACUCUUUAAAUCAGUUCCAUCCCAUUGGUCAUUCAAUAAUUAGUUUUCUGUUCAUUUCAGGUACCUCGUGAUGUACUUACUAAAUCUAGUCUGUAUUUUUAUGCUGCUUUUGAGAGCGGGAUGACUGAAAGCAAAACCAGCCAGUUCAGUUUUCCUAAUUUCACUGCUCACCAGUUAGCUAUGGUUGUUCAGUUUCUGCGACCUGAAUUAACUAUUCAGGAUGAUGCUUUAAACAACCAUAGCAAUGGAUUAAAUAACUCUUGUCCAGAAACGCUGAAAAUUUUAGAAGCUUUGGAUUUGGCUGAUGCAGCAGAUUACUUUCAAAUGCCCAAACUUAUUCAAACUUGUAUGCAGAGAAUAUCUCAUAUCAUGAACGAGUUAUUUCAACCUAAAUCCAUUCAACUUCAUGAAUCACAUAGCUGCGAUAUAUUCUCAAUAAUAUUAAAAGAGUUUGCGAAAGUGUCCCACUGUGAAAAUGGUUGUGUUAACAAACUUUUUUCUGAAUACACCAUAAAAUACCCUCAUUUUAUCCUCAGACCCUGUCUUUCAGAUUCAAACUUACAGCAUCUUCUUAUUAAUUUGGCUAUAAGCUAUUUGUCGAAAAGUGUCAUAUGCAUACCAGACGAAGACAUAAUUUUAAAUAUUGUUCUUAGCUGGUUACAGAUAUUGAAACCAACUGAGUUUUAUACAGAAAAUACUGUUCAAUGCUUUUUGCAAUGCGUUCGUCCCGGCCUUCUUUCACUAGACGGUCAAGAAAAGUUAUUAGAUUAUUGGCGCAACCAACAUUCCGAGUUGAAGUGGUUUGGAAAGCUGACAUGUGCAGAUAUGGAGGUAUUUUUUAAAAGUAUUCCAAAUGGGGGAAUCUUUUGCAAGUCUCCGUUAGCUUCUCAACUCCAGCUUUUGCUAGUAAAGCCUAGAGCCGAAUCUCUGUGUUUACUUGGGUUAGCUCCAAGUCGUUCUAGCAACUCAUUAGAAUUUUGGCUUUUCAAUCUUCACAAUGGAGCUUAUCAUAACUACCCCAUACCUGAUAAUUGUCUGCGGGAACUUGAUCUGGACUCCUCUGGUGUUGGUGACAUAGAUCAUCGCAUUUAUUUCUGUCCAGUAACGUACGGAUCCGGUUCUUAUCAAAGUAAUUUGUUUGUUAUGUGUUUUGAUCCAAACAAUGCAACAUUAAAUGGCUUUGCUUGGUGUUUGGCUUCUUGUCGUGCAAAACUCAUCCCUCGUUUGCUUCUUUCUCCCACGAACAACAGAAAUGGUACUAUCAAUUCUUUCUGCUUCCGAUCUAGACGAAUCGGUGUAACUACGUUGUCCAGUGGUCUUUACAUGUAUUAUCUUUCUUGUAUACAAGAGGUCGCAUGGUUGUGUGCAUUUCGAUUUGAUCUGAGCACUUGGAACUGGUAUGGGAUGGAACCUUAUUGUUUGUCUAGGAACCAGAAUGGAAUGAUGUUAUUUACACCAAUCGAACAGUUAAAUUCUAUCCCACCUGACGACUGGGUAUACGCUAAUAUUGAGACAGUUUCGUCGAAUAACUCCAGACACCCACGUCACGGGCUUCAUCAAACUUCAGCACUUCGGUCACAGUUCUUUCGAUUUCGUCCGCGACCUGAUGGAGAUGCACUAUUUGUAGAGAAUCUACCUAAUCCACCUUUCCUCAUCAGAAUGUACCGUUUGCUGGCUAUCAGUUGCUCUCUGCAAGGUGACUUUAGUGAUAAGACUUAUUUGUUUCCUAUGGGGACUUGCUCUCGUGAUUUAGAGGCUACACACUAUUGUUUUGACACGCUUUCCUGCCAAUGGCUUCGAUGGAAACCGGUUCAGACAUCAGAUAUCGAUGAGUUAAAUCCCAUUAGACAACAUCCUUCUGAAGACAUUGAGCUAACGUUUAAUCUAUGUCCUAAAAUUCUUGGUUUUCGUGGUCUUGUUUGUGCUACACACAUUUUGAAUAGAUUGGAUGAAAACAAAUUAUUAUCUCGAGAAACUUACGUUCAGAACCCUGAUGGUGUUAAAUCAAACGAUCAUCCACUUUCCUCAUCCGUAAAUGAUUCAAGCUAUAAUGGAAGCUUGAAUUCUACAAAUAAAAAUAGAUUAACAACAUUGUUGGUUUUAGCUGGUAGACCGGAUCAAACUAAACAUGUGAUAUCUGGGAUAUGGUUUCAUCACCCUCAAGCUUGUAGUAGUUCGGACGAAACAAUUGCAUUAUUCAAUUCUCAAAAACCAAAUUAUUUUCUACCAACUGCAAUCGCUCAAACCCUGGGACAAUACCUUUCCCCAACAGCAGUUGUAUUGGCUAACUGGACACAUAUUGUACAAUCUGUAAAUCCUAUCACUUUUUUAACUAAUUAUUCUAAACAAGAAAACUGUGAACUAAACAAAUUCUCAUAUAUUUACGGAAACUUUCCUGAAAGCUCCAACUGGUCAUGGGAUAGUGACUAAACAACAAAUUUCUCUUGUGAUAAAAGAUAAGUUAGUCCAUAAUUGCAUUUUUUAAAAUUGUAUAUUGGUUAGUGCAAUAUGCAAAGGAAGUCGUUGUAUCAUAUAUCACUUCAUUAGAUCCACUAGUUCCUCGUUUUCACAGUUAUUCCCACUGUUGCAUUUAUUUUGUACUUCCAAGAGUUAACUUUUAUAUAUUUUAAUGUGCGUUAAGUUGAUUGUUUAUAUUUUAUGUAAGUGCCUUUAUUUCCAGAUUUAAAAUUCCCAGUCAGUAUUCUUGUAAUAUCUUAUUUUAUUUAUCUCCCAUUUAAUAUUACCCAUAUGUAAAAUGUGUUCUGUGUCCUACAUGAUAUAUUUUUCAUUAUCCAUACCUCAUUUAAGUAAAAACUUUUGAUAGUACAACCCACUUAUUUGCUUU